AUGUAUUAUUACAACUUACGAUCGUACGAAUGUAUACGUACGAAUGUGAAUGCGUCACAUCGCGAUCGUAAUACACGGCAUCCUGGGGUUCACCACAGACGCAAGCGCCGUUAAAAAUUAUGCUGCUAAAUUAUGAGCACGUUCUGAUAUAAAGGAGCUUGCGAGUGUAACAACAAUAGUAUUAGCGUACGCGUAGCGUGUAACGAGUCGCGUUGUCGCGAGAUGAACGUCACUUUGAUCCCGUUCUUCCUAGCGGCCAACGUGGUCGUCAACGACACGUCCGCAUGGGCGUACGGGCCGGAAUAUUCGUACGACAUGAACAUCACUUACGAGAUAAAAGCGGAACUCCACGAGCAUAUUGACACCGUGCAACUGAUCUCUACGAUAAAAUGUCGCCCCAAAAUGCCGGAUAGUCUAUUCUGCCAUUUGCACAACUUUACGACCCUAACGCAUAUAAACAAUUAUAACGUGACGCGAAAGGAAAUAACGGAAAAAAUGUUUGAGAUUAAAUUUAACGAGCGCGGUGUGGAGGGCCUGAUGAUCGAGCCACCGUUUCGUAUGAUAAUCGUGAACAUCAUCCGAAAGAUCGCAACUCAGUUUAAUAUCAAUCCGCGCGCAAUACCCUUAAUCGGCUUCGUGACCAGGGAGAACUCGGCGAUGGGUAACUGUACGACCUUGUACUGGAUCACACGUCAAGAACCCAAGACAGAUACGUUCAGAGAUGGAAAUACCGAGUGUAGGUUUCUAAUAUUACCAUUGGCCAACGCAAAACCUGGUACAACCCUCUUCAUCAAGAAGAUUCGGGGAAGAUGUAUCAAUCCACCGCAAUACAUCGAUUUCUCAACGGGAAUCUUUAAAAUGGGGAGGUUUAUCACUAAAAUGCAGAUCAACGACAAAUUCGAAAUAUUUAGUAUAUUCGAUGGAAAAUUGAGUCUUAUAUCUGAAUCUGAAAGUGGAACACUUUCGUAUAAAGAAAUGAUAGAAUUGAGCCUAAGCAACAUCGAACCUGCGCAAAAUCAACUUCCGUCUCUUUCCUACGGCGAAUUUAUCGAUCUGAAUACUAACCAAGCAAAUUGUUAAAAUUACAGCGAUAAAAUGUGUACGAUCUAUAUUAUUAAAUUUUUAGAUAUUUAGAUCAGGUUAGAUCAGGUUAUAUAAAUGAAUGAAACAGCAUUGUGUAAAAUAAUACUGCUUUUUUCAUUUGUAUAGUUUUAAUUUUUUCUGAUUCUUCUAUUUCAUAUCAUGUGUUCGAAUUUAUGGAUACUGCAGCAUAUUUACUCUAUUUCUCUAUCUUGCAUAAGUUGUAUUUAGAUAAUCAAAAAACUGUACAUUUCUCAAAUUAUUGACACGAGUGAUAAUAUUUAUUUAAUAAACGAUUAACAAUGU